AUGAGGGAGAAGUAUAUUAAGAGGGACAUUAUUAUGAGGGAGAAGUAUAUUAAGAGGGAGAUUAUUAUGAGGGAGAAGGAUAUUAAGAGGGACAUGAGGGAGAAGUAUAUUAAGAGGGACAUUUUUAUGAGGGAGAAGUAUAUUAAGAGGGACAUUAUUCUGAGGGAGAAGGAUAUUAAGAGGGACAAGAGGGAGAAGGACAUUCGGAGGGACAUUAUUGUGAGGGAGAAGUAUAUUAAGAGGGACAUUAUUGUGAGGGAGAAGGAUAUUAAGAGGGACAAGAGGGAGAAGGACAUUCGGAGGGACAUUAUUGUGAGGGAGAAGGAUAUUAAGAGGGACAUUAUUAUGAGGGAGAAGGAUAUUAAGAGGGACAUUAUUAUGAGGGAGAAGUAUAUUAAGAUGGACAUUAUUGUGAUGGAGAAGUAUAUUAAGAGGGACAUUAUUAUGAGGGAGAAGGAUAUUAAGAGGACAUGA